UCUUCUAAGAACAUUUCGCAUUUAAAUUAAGAGAGAUAGAGGAGGUGUAAAGCACAUGCAAGCUGGAUACAGAUUACAUGAUCGAAAGAGAAGAAGAUUAGGAUUUGGAGCUUCAAACAUGGAUUUUAUUCCCUCCAAUAUAUUUCAAUUUGACCAAGCUUUAGACCAUGACGGUGAGCUGUUGCGGAUCUCUCGUGUUCCCUGUGUAGAACACAAAAUCAGAGAGAAUCAUGCACACCCACUCCCGCACCCACUGAAUCCUCCUCCUAAUCAAAAGGAAGAUCCUCAUAACUAUGAUCGUUUCAUGAGCUUUAGCCAGCCGAAGCGAAAAGCAUCCAUCACUUUUGGUGAGAUAGAUGCUGAUCAAAACCCAAAGGAGAGCAAGAAGGUAAAGAAGAUCAUGCACAGAGAAAUAGAACGGCAACGAAGACAAGAAAUGGCCACCCUUUAUGCCAAUCUACGAUCUCAUCUCCCUCUUGAAUAUCUCAAGGGAAAGAGGUCUAUAUCGGAUCAUGUGCACCAGGCCGCUAAUUACAUAAAACAUAUACAAAAGAAUAUCGAGGAGCAGCAAAAAAAGAGGGAUGAAUUGAAAAAACAACACAAUAUUUCAGGCUCUAGUACUGCAGUAGUGGAAAAUUCGCAGUGUUCAUCACUAAUGGAGGAUUCUGUCAUAUUGGUCAGACCAGCUUGUAUAGGAGUGGAGGUAGCUGUGAAUACUCCAUUGAAACAAGGGCUUCCUCUUUCAAGAGUGAUUGACAUACUGGUUGCAGAAGGACUUAGUAUAGUGAGCUGCAACUCGGCCAAAAGAAAUCAACGGUUGCUUUAUACCCUUGAAUCUGAGGUGAGUGAUGGGGGAGGCAUUGAUAUUCCUGAGCUCCAAAACAGAUUGAUAAAAAAAUGCACUUCUGAGCCUGGCUUCAAAUAAGAGAUCGAAGAAGAAGAAUACUUACUUAUCAUAUACAAUACAUAGCAUCACCAACACCUAAGCUCAAGAAGCUUCAACUAUGGAGUAGCUAAGUCGCCAACAAAGAGAUCGAAGAGGGCACAAGGAGUAGUAUUCAAUUACCUCUAUAUCAUUAAUCAAUGCUACCUCUUGUGUAAAGCUCCAUUAUCAAAUGUACGUGAAGAAGUAUUACUCUCAUGCAGGUUGGCCUUGGUUAAUUUCCCCCUUAACUUGUACAUGUAUUUGUUGUUUCUUCUGAUACUUGGUUAACUUUAAUUUCUAACUAGUU